AAAAAUACCAAUUUGAAAUGUCAUGCUGAAAAAGUUUUGUUUACUAUUUUGAAUAUUUUCAUUUUCUCUUUACCUUUCGGUUGCAAGAAAAUUCACAAGUGUUAUUGCAAGCAAUAGCAUCCAUCUAAUCAUGGGGCCAUCAGAUACUGAUAGAUUCCGUGAAUUUGUCCAAAAACUGCAGCAAGAAGAUGAGAGAGUGGCUGCCUUGAAUGACAUCAAGAAUUUACUAACUUUCAAACCGGCCGGGGAAUCCGCACAAGUUAUAAGAAAUGUAGGAAUAACAAAGAUAUUGCAGUGUGUUAACUUGCCGGAAAAGUCCCAAGUGGAUUUGACUUGUGAAGUUCUGAGACUGUGCUUUGAGAAGCUAGCUGCUGGAGAUGCUGUCAAGAACUACACAAGCCACAUCAUGUACCUUCUUAGACACGAAAAGGAAUGUGUUCGUAAACUUGCCAUUGAUGAGGUAUACAAGACGGUAGUGUCAACCCCAGACGCACUGCCGGUGCCCCAGUAUGUGGACGUGUUCGUGGCGGUAGCACACCUGGUGGCGGACGAGAAUGUCGGCAUCUCCAACAAGGCGGUCCUGAUCACCUCCAACUUGCCGGCUCCAGCGUACCCUAAGAUAUUGGACGAAAUGAAAAUUGCUCUGGAUCUAGGCAGCAGCAGCAAGUGCAAUGCUUAUGAGGUUGUAACAAACAUCUCUGCAAAGUCACCAGAACUCUUAGCUCUAUCCUACGAGCAUGGAUACAUUGAACACAUGCUGACUGAACUCAGUUCCAAUGAUGUGCUGUAUCAGCUGAACAUUCUGGAAUUGCUGUCCAGGCUGGCCAUCAAACCUCAUGGAAUCAACUUCCUUGUUGAGCAAAGAGCUUUGGAUAAAAUUGCAGAAAACAUUGUGGGCAUAAAGGAUAAUGCCUUUGCUCCUUUGCUUUUGCCAGGUUACAUGAAGUUCUUUGGCUGCAUAGCACAUUUGUACCCUCAAGAGAUAUUUCAGAAGUACCCAGUCCUACUUAACACCCUUUGGGAAACAUUUAAUUCUGGAGAUCUAAAUCUUUUGCCAGUAGCAUUGGAUACCCUGGGCUUUAUUGGUACAACAAUAGAAGGGAAAUUAAGUUUAGCAGCCACAGGAUGCAAGUUCACGCAAACUGUCCAAAAAACUGGAGAACUCAUGAGAGCCAGCACAACAGACUUAAAGAUUCGCGCGUUACACUGCAUGUCCAACCUGAUAGGCUACGACAAAGACCCUACCGCCAGAAAUGGCCCCAUUGACCACAGGGUCACACUCAUGACAAGGGAAUGGUUCAGAAGUCUUAGCACCACACCGGAGUCUACUCAAAUGCUGCAUGAGAUCUGCAAGAAUCCCUUCCCUGAGAUAUCUGAGGCUGCUUACACUUUGCUGGAUGCGGUCACCCAACACCGCUGGGGCGAGGAACUGGUAGCUCGGACACCAGGAUUUAUUGAAUACCUGCUAGAUCGUUCUACUGGACAAUCAAAGGAGAUCAAGGAAGUGAAGUUUGGAAUCAUCAGGAGACUGUCUGUCUCUGCUGCAUUUGAACCCAGUGUUGUUGAAAAACUAACUGCCUAUGUACAGAAAGGACCUUUCUACUCUGAACAUUCGUUGGAAGUUGCUAUGGAAGAAGGAGAAUAAUCUAAAUUAUAAAUUUCAUUAUGUUUUACAUUUAAGAUUUUAUAAAAGCAUGAAAGUUAAGAAAUAAAACAAAGAGUAUGACAUUCAAA